AGGAUUUAGGAAAGGAAAUAGUUCCUCCUGGAAGUCAUGGCUUAAUCGCGGCAAGAAGUCCGUUCCUCGAAACUUCAAACUCUCCCUCGAUUCCAAUUGCAUGAAAUCCACAAACCCACAAGACUUGGAGAAGAUCGAAAACCCUAGUCCUUCUGAGAACUCUUUAUAGUUUUGCUCUGACGGCGGUGUUCGCUGCCUGGAAUCGAGCAUGAUAACCAUGUCCAGGUACUUGAGGCUUGUUGUUGAGACCAAUUGUGAGGUCCGAACCGCAUCCGCAUUUUCAUAUAUUUCUGAUUUCAGUUCCGGCGGGUCAUGUCGGUUUCGGAACCUGCCGUCGACCAGGAAGGUCCUGCAUUACCCCUACACUAAUUGCAUUGCAUCUUUCCCAGUUGGCGAUCCUCAGAUCUGGCUGUUUUUUGCCAACAUGGGUAAACGUUUUAGCCAUCAGUCAUAUCCUACAGAUACCUCUCCUGAUGAAGAGAAAGUGAUAGAUGAAGUCUUGAAUCAGAUUGUUGCCACAAGGGAUAAUGCCUCAAGGAGUAGCCACGAAACCUUUGAUGCUUGCAUUUAUAAGAUGUGUAGAUCUGGAAAUCUUGCAGCUGCUGCUCAAUUACUUAAAUCUUUGUGCGAUGGAAAAAUAUCACUUAGCGCCUCCAAGGCAUAUGAUAUGGUUCUGCUUGCAGCAAGUGAAAGGGGAGACACUUCCCUUUUUUGUCAAGUUUUUAAAGAUUGCCUGGUAUCCUGUAAGUCGUUGAGUUCAGCCACUUACAUGAAUCUUGCCAAAGCUUUUAUCAGCACAAAUGAUGUUGGCAAGCUACUGGAAUAUGUCAAAGAAGUAAUUGAGAUGACCUUUCCAAACUUAAUAGUUAUAAACAAAAUUAUCUUUGCCUUCUCCAAAUGUAGGGAGAUUGAAAAAGCCCUUCGGAUAUUUAAUCAGAUGAAGCUUCUGUCAUGUAAACCAGAUUUGUAUACAUAUAAUAUCAUUUUGGAUAUGCUAGGUCGUGCAGGUCGCAUGGAUGAAAUUCUUCAUAUGUUUGUUUCCAUGAAAGAAGCUGGCAUUGCCCCAGAUAUUGUAUCCUAUAAUACAUUAAUAAAUAGCUUAAGGAAGGUGGGUAGACUAGAUAUGUGCUUGAUUUACUUCAGGGAAAUGGUUGCAAUGAGAAUUGAACCUGAUCUGCUUACUUACACUGCUAUGAUAGAGAGUUUUGGUCGAUCCGGAAACAUUGAGGAGGCUUUGGGACUCCUUAGGGAAAUGAAGCUUAAGAAUGUUUAUCCCUCAAACUAUAUCUACAAAUCCCUUAUCAGUAAUUCGAUGAAGAUUGGUAAGGUGGAGUUGGCUAUGAGCCUUCUUAACGAGUUGAAAUUAAGUGGUUCAAAUCUUGCCAAUCCAAAGGAUUUCAAACGAAGAAAAAGAUAACCAAUAACAAGGUUUUCCAUAGUGACUCGAGGUUGAGAAACCUGUGUAUGACUUCAGACUUCAAACGGAGAUGUGCCAAGGUGAUUCUAUCUGCAGGUAUUAUUUCUAAUCAUUUAUCAUCCACUUUCAUUUGUGACAUGAUAUACAAAACUUCUAGUAGAGAACUAGAGAUACAUUUUCACAAGGAGCUGGGGUUGAUUUUAGGAUUAAUGUAUGAAAACCAUAGUUUGAUAGAUUGUCUGUCAUGUAAGAUGUUACUGAGGUGUUUUGAGUAAAGUGAUGUGCAGAAAAUUGUGUCAUGUUCCAACAAUGUUCCAUUGUUUCUCUUUAUGAUAGAUCUACAGAGAAUGAUAAUGGUUCGGUUGAAGAGCCUUAGAAAAACAUGUAACUAAUUGUGAAGGGUUAGCUUGAAAUCUAACAUCCAUGGCUACACAGCAUCUUCUGAAGGUUGUUGCUGUUACUUGCUUCACCGGUGAAAAGUAUCUUCAGUAGAGGGAGAUGAAGUGGGCGGAGGAAAACAUGGAGGUCAGGAGAUUUCUUCGCUGGGGUUAGUUUUGUAAGGAGCGCUGUAUGAACCACAACUGAUUUUUUGCUUGUAUCGGUCCAUUAGAUUCACUGAGUAGUCAUUCCAAAACCAAACCAAUGAAGGGACCCUUUGCCCCUGAUGCAGAUUUUCCAUGUUCGUGUAUAGCUUAUGGUGUAAUCUACCAUUCCAAGCAAAGUAUGAAUAUGUUGUAAUAUUACAUUUUUUAUAAAUCAAUUUU